AUGGCCGACGAAGACACGAAGGAGGCAAAAAGCCUGCUGCAGAAACAAGAAUCCACAGAAGACAAACCCACCGAUACACAGAAACCAAUGUCGCUGCCGACAAAGGGAACCACCACCGAUCAAUCCAAAUCGCCGCAGAAGAAUAACAACAAAACAGACAAUAAUACACCUGGCAAUCAAUCAAAACCAUCUACUCCCUCGUCAUCAGCAAAGCUAUCUAAAGGUGCUGCCAGUAUAGACAAAUACAAUGAACUAAAAAAGAAACUCACUCAGCAGAUACUAAAAAAGCAAGAAAUCACUAACAAAUUAUCUAAACUUGAAGACACGAUAUAUCAAAAAGAAUCCGACUAUUUUGAAGAAAGUUAUUCUGGUAACAUAGUAAAAGGAUUUGAAAAUUUUUCAAAAUCAAGUGGUGGGGGAGCAGGAGGCACUGGUGGUGGAUCGGGCUCUUCUGGUUUUAAACGAAGAAUAGUCUAUACUGAAGAUGAUCAUAUUUUUAGUCUAAGUUCAAUUUCAUUUGUGAAAAAUAUGGUUAAACGACAUGGUACUGGGUACGCUACGAAUGGAUCUUUAGGUAAUGGUACUGCUUCGUCGAUUAUUAAUUCGAAGGAUGAUUUUGAUGAUUAUGAGGAUUCAGUUGAUCCAACAACUGCUAAUUUAGGAGUUAAACUGAGUAAUCCAAUUGCUGCUGCUGCUGCGUCAACGGAAAAUAACAAGAGUGAAACGAGUAGGUCCAGUACGCCUUCAAGAAAGAGAAAAGCAAGAACAAUAGAGGAUUAG